GACAGACUUUGCACGACGGCCGAAGAGCCCGACGUUCCUGCGGACAGCUGCAGGCCGCCUCCCCCACAGACCGCUCCCCCUGCGCGGGGCCGGGGGCGUGUGACGGGAUCCGGCUUCGGCCCCGCGCGCCUCCGCUGCAGGAACUACGUGAGUUGGGCCGAGAGGCUCCGAGCGGGAGCUCCGGGGAAACACGAGGUGGAGGGGGCGGCAGAGGGAGCGGGGCCGCGGGGGGAGGGUAGGAACGAAGUGGGGGGUUGAGGCCCCGCUGGCAGACCCCCACACAGGCGGCUCUGCGGUAAACACGGCCCCGAGGUGCCACGUCCCGCCGAACGGAGCAGGGCCCGCCGCCAGCCUUCCCUGUGAGGCUGAGAAGGAGCUCUGCGGGGCUCGAGCGGUUGCACGCGCCCUCAGGGCAUGGCCGUGCCGCGCCCCAGAUCUGCGGAGAAGUUUGUGCACAGAGCACGGAGUUCCGCCUCAGCCUGACUGGCUUCAGCUGCGGAAACUUCUCUCAGCACUUCUGUGGGUGGAUGAACUGGAAUGGCUGAAGGGCAAAACACUGGAUUUUUUUUUAAAUUCUGCAAGAGCAGUGUUAUUAGUUAAGAUGUCCUACUUAAUCAAUGGAGUUAAACAUUGCAGUCCUAUGAAUCAAAUGCACAAAGUUACAGGAGCUCUGUUUAAAGCAUGCCUAUUAAGGAACACAUGGCGCAUCAAGGAGCAACAAUUAAAAAUCUCACGUGCAUUGUCUCAGCUUAGUUCUGAAAAGGCAAACUCUUAUAAUUAUGUCAUUGUUGGAGCUGGAUCAGCAGGGUGUGUAUUAGCCAACAGGCUGACUGAAGACCCUCACAGUACUGUACUGCUUUUGGAAGCAGGCCCUAAAGACACCCUUUUAGGUAGUAAAAGACUACUGUGGAAGAUUCAUAUGCCUGCUGCAUUAACUUAUAACCUCUGUGAUGAGAAAUAUAACUGGUAUUAUCACACAACUUCACAGAAGCAUAUGGAUAACAGAAUUAUGUACUGGCCCCGAGGAAGAGUGUGGGGUGGCUCCUCUUCUCUCAAUGCAAUGGUUUAUAUUCGUGGGCAUGCAGAAGAUUAUAAUCGAUGGAGCAGAGAAGGGGCUAUAGGAUGGGACUAUGAUCAUUGCUUGCCCUAUUUUAAGAAGGCGCAAACACAUGAACUGGGGUCAGAUCAGUAUAGAGGUGGAAAAGGACCUCUUUAUGUGUCAAGGGGCAAAACAAACCACCCUCUUCAUCAAGCAUUCCUGGAUGCAACCCAGCAAGCUGGGUAUCCCUUCACAGAUGAUAUGAAUGGUUAUCAACAAGAAGGAUUUGGCUGGAUGGACAUGACUAUACACCAAGGUAAAAGAUGGAGCACAGCUAGUGCUUACCUUCAUCCAGCUCUAUCACGCCCCAACUUGUCAGUUACUGAGAAGACGCUUGUAACAAAAAUCUUGUUUCAAGGAACAAAAUCCAUUGGUGUUGAGUAUGUGAAAAAUGGACAAACGGAGAAGGCUUUUGCCAGUAAAGAAGUUAUUUUAAGUGGAGGUGCCAUAAAUUCUCCACAGCUACUUAUGUUGUCUGGGAUUGGCAAUGCAGAUGAUUUAAAAAAACUGGGGAUCCCUGUUGUAUGCCACCUUCCUGGAGUAGGCCAGAACCUUCAAGAUCAUUUAGAAGUUUAUGUCCAGCACAAGUGCACAAAACCUAUUACUCUAUACAGUGCACAAAAGCCAGUUAACAUGGCGAGGAUUGGUCUAGAAUGGCUUUGGAAGUUUACAGGUGAGGGAGCCACUGCCCACUUAGAAUCUGGUGGGUUUAUCCGAAGUCAGCCAGGAGUUCCUCACCCCGACAUUCAGUUCCACUUUCUCCCUUCUCAGGUGAUUGAUCAUGGUCGGGUUGCUUCCACAAUGGAAGCUUACCAGGUUCACGUAGGACCCAUGAGGAGUGCAAGUGUGGGCUGGCUAAAGCUGAAGAGUGCAGACCCAAAGGACCAUCCUAUCAUUGAGCCUAACUACAUGUCAGCAGAAAGAGAUAUUUGGGAAUUCCGCCAGUGUGUCAAGUUGACCAGAGAGAUCUUUGCCCAAAAAGCUUUUGAAAAGUUUCGUGGACCUGAAAUUCAACCAGGAAACAAUGUUCAGUCUGACAAAGAAAUAGAUGCCUUCAUAAGACAGAAGACUGAUAGUGCUUAUCAUCCUUCUUGCACGUGUAAAAUGGGUCAGCCUUCAGAUGGCACCGCUGUAGUUGAUCCCCAAACAAAAGUAAUUGGUGUUGAAAAUUUGAGAGUAGUAGAUGCCUCAAUAAUGCCCAGUAUAGUGAGUGGGAAUUUGAAUGCCCCUACUAUUAUGAUAGCAGAGAAAGCUGCAGAUAUAAUUAAGGGGCUCCCAUCACUUCAGGAGAAAAAUGUUCCUGUAUAUAAGCCCAAGACCUUGGAAACACAACGAUAAACUGUGUUGUCAUCCUUUCACAUUUUUGCCACUUACUUUUUCAUCUUUGUGUUUGUAUCUCAGAUUGGAAGGGCCAACAAGAUAAAUGCCGUAGAAAACAAAAUAUCAUCGUAAAGCAGCUAUUAAUUUGGUCCAUUCUGUUAUAUAAGAUUAGAUAAUCUUUUUUUUUUUUUUAAUCAAUUGACUCAAGCUGUUUAUUUUAGUUAGACAGGGAUAGAUUAGUGUGUGUUAUUUUGAAAGUCUUUAUGAUAUGUCUUAUUAUUUUAAGGAAGAAUUUUAACUGUUUUGAGAUUAUUAUCCAGGAUUACAGCUACUCAGUAAUUCCCACAUUCUGCAAAGUAAAUGCAAGCAUUUAUGCACUUAGAGGCCAAAGUAGUAAGUAUCAGAAUUCAUAGGAGAGACACUUAACAUGUCCAGAAUUUUUCAGAUGUGUGUUUUUUAUGGGAAGAAUGCAUAAUUUACAAAUCCCUACUAGAAGUUGGACUUUACCAUACUUAGCAGUCUUAACUUAGAAAAAAAAGACAUAAAAUACAUUUAUCAAAAACUAUUUUUUUCUAAUAAAUUCAGAAAUAGAACUGAUAUUUAUAAAAUAUAUUGGAAAGCUGAACUUUCCCCUUGCUUUUUUUUUUUUUUUCUCUCCAAGAAACACAGUAGAAUUCAGUUUGCAGUUUAAGCUCAUUUAGUUGUGGUGCUUUAUCUUGUACCGCAGUAAGGGAUCCAUACUCCCAGUAAUUUCCAUAAAGUUACUGAUCUUUGCUCAAAGAUGAGUGCAUGCAAAUAUACUCAAUGGUGCCUAACUAUCAAUCAAAAUUCAUUAAAAAUAUUUAUAGCUGAGGUAGCUUUAAAAUGGAAGUUCACUCAAAAUAACCACAUUAAAUAAGAUAUCAGUGAUAUGAGGGGAGAUAUUUUUUAAUUCAAAGGCAAACGACUUACUCAGUAAACCAAUGCUAUACUUCAGUUAGGACUUAAAUCUUUGUUUACGAUCUUCAGAUAUGUGAAGCAAAUACAUGAUCUUCAUGGCUGUUUCUGUGUGUGUCUAACUUACUGGUGCUGAACUGAAAAACAAAGAAACAAAAAUAAUACACCUAAAGAAAUAAAAUUCAUUAACUAGAACUAAA